AUGUCAUUCGCAUUGAAAAGGACACGGACGGUGGAGUAUGACCCUAGAGAUAUUGGGGAGUCUCGGAGACUGGUCAGAGGUGAGGAUGAGGAAUACGACUCUUCGGAUACAUCAAGCGACUACGGCGUCUCGGAGCAUAUUAACCUGGAGAGGGUGCAUGAUGUGCAAUUUCGGACGUGCUCCUGGCAGAAGACGGCUGGACUUCUGUUCUCAGAAUAUAUAUCUCUGGCUGUAUUAACAUUUCCAUGGGCGUUUUCUAUCGUUGGCAUCGUCCCAGGAGUGAUAAUGACCGUCAUCUGUGCCGCCAGUGUCCAGUAUACAUCUCUGAUAUUGUGGCGCCUCUGCUUGAAGCACCCAGAGAUCAGAGACGGCUGCGACGUAGCCUUGGUGAUCUUUGGAGGAUCCAGGUUUGCGUAUCACUUCACAUCCGUCAUGUUCAUCUUGUGUAACGUGUUCAUACAAGCAAUCCACUGCUUAAUCGGCGCAGAACUCUUGAAUACCCUGUCCGGGUCCUCUGCGUGUACCGUUGCUUUUUCUGCCAUCACCGCCGCUGUCUGUUUCGUCUUCAGCCUCCCGCGGACUUUGGACCAACUGAGCUGGUUUGGGAUAUUCAGCGCUAUGAUGAUGACUAUCGCCGGUUUGCUUGUUGUCGUCUUUUCUGCAACACAGGACCAGCCAGUCGGAUUCACUGGUGAAGCCCCUACCGUCACAUUGUGGCCACUUUCGGGAACGACGUAUGUUUAUGCGAUGUCAGCCUUCCUCAAUAUCAGCUACGCUCUUGUUGGGCAGAUUACUCUGCCUACCUUCAUAGCGGAAAUGGAAAACCCUAACGAUUUUCCGAAAGCACUCUGGGCCUGUACGAUCUCCGAAGUCGUGCUCUUCUCCCUUACAGGCAUCAUAGUUUACAACUACACCGGGAACCAGUACAUUGUUUCGCCUGCGUUAGGCUCUCUUCAGCCCGCCUUCAAGAAGAUCGCCUUUUGCUUUACGAUCCCGACGAUCAUAUACAUUGGUGCUUUGUAUUCGUCAGUCACGGCUCGCUUCGUGUUUUUCCGCAUUUUUCAUGAUUCAGAGCAUAAACAUGCCAACACAGUACAAGCUUGGACGACGUGGACGGGUAUCAUUGCCGUUACCUGGAUCAUCGCGUUCGUCAUCGCAGAAGCGAUACCCUUCUUCUCUGACCUACUCAGUCUCAUGAGCUCGCUCUUCGGUGAGUUCAUAUUUUGGGGCAUGUCAUACCUUGUUCUCUAUCCGAGAGGUUCAAGAUGGUCAAGCCCACUUCGCAAGGCUGAAACUAUGUUGAAUUAUUUCCUUAUCGUCUUCGGGUUUUACAUCACCGGUGCAGGAACAUAUGUCUCGGUCUUGUCUAUCGUCGAAAAGUACAAAGCAGGAGACGUCGGCAAGCCGUUCACCUGCAAAUCGAACGCGCUGUGA